AUGAAAGCAUUUACAAUGUAUUUACAAGGUGAAAUUAUUAUAAGUGAUCAUCGUAUACGUAUAUUAUCAUAUGAUGGAAAAUAUUUACGACAAACAUUAUCUAUAAAUCAACAACGAAUGAUUGCAGGGAAUAUACAUAUACAUGAACUCAUGGAUGUAUGAGGACAUACAUCUAAUAGGAGAGAGGAGGAUUGUUAACGGUGAUUCAUCACCGUCCAGCCCUUGAUCUCUCUUCUUUCUUUCUCUUCUCUUUCUGGCUGUACCACUAUCUCUUUUUUCUUUGUUGUUAUGGACUUGAAGGACAUUUUAUGUAUAUAUAAGAUUAUGUUUUUUUCUUUUAAAAUAUAUCUAUCGAUCGCUCGACGAAACGAGCUAACAGUAUAUAUAGAUACCGUUAAUACGUCAUAUUUCUGAGUCAUGAAAAAGAACAAAGACGCUAUCUUUGAACGUCAGAAAAAAAUGCAUGCGUCAUUGUUGUAAGUAAAAUAAACACAAACACAUUUCUUUAUGUAUAUAGAUGAGCGCUCAGACGACCUUCGGCCACCUUCGCUAUCAAUUAUUUUAAUUUUUUGGAAUGCUGCAAUUAGGGGUGGCACUUUAACUUUACUUUAAAAGUUAAAGUUAAAGUUUAAAGUGGUACUUUAAACUUUAAAAAGUUAAAGUUAAAGUACCACUUUAACUUUAACUUUUAAAGUUAAAGUGACCGUACUUUAAACUUUAACUUUAAACUUUUUAAAGUUAAAGUCUAGAGGUAGCAAGUUACCGUUACCCAACCAUUACCGGUAACUGACACCCUUAGGUUCCUAAGUCCUACCACAGGGAGAUACCCUUGGGUCCUUAAAUCCUAUUAUAGUGGAGUACUCUUGGGUCCUCAAGUCCUAUUAUACGGAGGUACCCUUGGGUCCUCAAGUCCUAUUAUACUGAGAUACUCUUGGGUCCUCAAGUCCCAUUAUACGGAGGUACUCUUGGGUCGUCAAGUCCUAUUAUAGGGAGGUAUCCUUGGGUCCUCAAGUCCUACUGUAGGAGGGUAUCCUUGGAUCCUCAGGUUCUAUUAUAGGGAGCUACCCUUGGGUCCUCAAGUCCUAUUAUAGUGGAGUACUCUUGGGUCCUCAAGUCCUAUUAUACGAAGGUACCAUUGGGUCCUCAAGUCCUAUUAUGGUGGAGUACCCUUGGGUCCUCAAGUUCUAUUAUACAAAGGUACCCUUGGGUCCUCAAGUCCUAUUAUGGUGGAGUACUCUUGGGUCCUCAAGUCCUAUUAUAUGAAGGUACCCUUGGGUCCUCAAGUCCUAUUAUGGUGGAGUACUCUUGGGUCCUCCAGUCCUAUUAUACGGAGGUACCCUUGGGUCAUCAAAUCCUAUUAUACUGAGAUACUCUUGGGUCCUCAAGUUCCAUUAUACGGAGGUACUCUGGGGUCGUCAAGUCCUAUUAUAGGGAGGUAUCCUUGAGUCCUCAAGUCCUACUGUAGGAGGGUACCCUAGGGUCCUCAAGUCCUAUUAUAGGGGAAUAUCCUUGGGUCCUCAACUCCUAUUAUAGGGAGGUACCCUUGGUUCCUCAAGUCCUACUGUAGGAGAGUAUCCUUGGAUCCUCAAGUCCUAUUAUAGGGGAGUAUCUUUGGGUCCUCAAGUGCUAUUAUAGGGGAGUACCCUUGGGUCUUGAAGUCCUUUUAUAGGGAGAUACGCUUGGGUUCUCAAGUCCUAUUAUGCGGAGGUACCCUUGGAUCCUCGAGUCCUAUUAUACGAAGGUACCCUUGGGUCCUCAAGUCCUAUUAUAGUGGAGUACCCUUGGGUCCAUAAGUCCUAUUAUACUGAGAUACCCGAGGGUCUUCAAGUCCCAUUACACGCAGGUACCCUUGGAUACUCAUGUCCUAUUAUAGGGAGGUAUCCUUGGGUCCUCAAGUCCUACUGUAUGAGGGUACCCUUGGGUCCUCAAGUCCUACUGUAGGAGGGUACCCUUGAGUCCUCAAGUCCUAUUAGAGGGAGGUAUCCUUGGGUCCUAAAGUCUUAUCAUAGGUAGGUACCCUUGGGUCCUCAAGUCCUAUUAUGCGGAGGUACCCUUGGAUCCUCAAGUCCUAUUAUACGAAGGUAUCUUCUCAAGUCCUAUUAUACGAAGGUACCUUUGAGUCCUCAAGUGCUAUUAUAGGGAGGUACCCUUGGGUCCUCAAGUCCUGUUAUAGUGGGGUACCCUUGGCUUCACAAGUCGUAUUAUAGUGAGAUACCCGUGGGUCUUCAAGUCCCAUUAUACGGAGGUAAUCUUGGAUACGCAAGUCCUAUUAUACGAAGGUAUUCCUUGGGUGCACAAGUCCCAUUAAACGGAGGCACCGUUGGGUCUUCAAGUCCUAUUAUACUGAGGUACUCUGGAGUAGGGGUGGGACUUUAACUUUACUUUAAAAGGUAAAG